GACUAGUGUGACGUAACUCACAAACACAACACCGCUGGCUGGAGGAAGAAGGAUACUUUCCUAGUCUAUCUUUAGGCCUAGUUGUUCAGGUAAACAACUUAUUAUCAUGGCUCCCUUAUUAUAGUUAAAGUAGUUUGGUGACUAUUCUGCCCGAUUUAAAAUGGCAACAAUUAGAAAGGAUGAUAGACUGACAAGUUCGCAAAGCUUUUCGUGUGUCGGUUUUGCAGGUAUUCUUAGUAAAACGGUCACGUCUCCUUUGGAAGUUAUAAAAAUCAAAAGUCAAGUUGGCACCUUCCAUUGCAAGAGAGGUUUCUGGCAAAGUUUUCAUCUCAUCUACAAAAACGAAGGACUUCGAGGGUUUUGGAAAGGAAACCUCGUUUCCUGUCUUCGGUUGUUCCCUUACAGCGCAAUUCACCUGGCAGCGUACAAAAAGAUAGUCCACCUUCACAUGGACGAGAUGGGCUACGUCUCCCAGUGGAGGGCCAUAUUUGCUGGAGGAAUCGCCGGCAUUGCAGCAGCACUGGCUACGUACCCUCUGGAGGUGGCAGAGACCCGACUGAUAGUGCAGAACUGCAGAGAGCCCACGUACACAGGAGUCCUGAACACCCUGGGCUCCGUCUACAGGAGCGAAGGACUUCUGGCCCUCUAUAGGGGCUUCUCGCUAACAGUACUGGGUGCCUUUCCCUUUUCCAUCGGCUGCUUCGCGGUGUACGCAAACCUGGACAAACUCUGGCAGGAGCCCCCCUUCCGCUUCAACUCCCUGCAGAACUUCAUCAAUGGCUGUCUGGCUGCUGGAGUGGCUCAGAGCCUGUCCUAUCCCUUUGACACGGUCAAGAGGAAGAUGCAGGCCCAGAGUUCCCACCUUCCACAUCUAGGGGGCGCUGAUGUGCACUUUACUGGAAUUCUGGACUGUUUCCGGCAGAUGAUCAGAAACAAGGGCGUCUUCUCCCUCUGGAGUGGCUUCACUGCUAAUACUGUGAAGAUCGUCCCUUACUUUGGCCUCCUUUACACUUGCUUUGAGACGUGCAAGCAGGUGUGCCUUUACCGCAACGGGUACAUUGUCUCCCCCCUGAGUUACACGUUGGCCCCAGGCGUUGACCAGAGCCUGGGGCCUUACGAGCUACAAGAGGUGAAGCGCUAUUUGAAGAACAGGAACUUCAGGUCGCAGGACUCCUUUAAGAAUCGCUGGUGAAGAGGAGCGGUGCGACUCUCUGUGCAAUAGAUAAUGAAUGCGGCUCACAAUGACCUCGGGGAUAAGACAAGGACUUGGCAAGAUGAGUCGCAUAUUAAUUUCCUUACCGUAGAUUUUUUUCUUUGUGUAUCUUUUUUUGUUCUGUUCUCCUCACAUUUCUGGACUUCUAUUCCUUCAAAGAGAUACCUCGACAAACACAGCCCUAUGGAUUAUCUGACAGUGUUAUUAUUGUUACCCUCACCUUCUUAUUCCUCAGUAUUUCCAGUUUGAUUAUUGUCCAUGCCGCUGUUUUAAUAUUAGUCCUCAAGGGACUGGCAUCAUGUAUGUAUUUGUUAUCAUGUAUGUAUUUGUUAUUUGCAUAGGAAAAUUAAGUCUUGGAAAACCGCAAUGUGUUUCCAUAGGAGUGUGGUUUAAUGAUGGAGACAGUUAACUGGACAUGGGGCUUAUUCACCUAGCAGCCAUGUUUGUUUUUCUCAGAACUAGUUGCAAUAAUCAAGAUGGAACAAAGAUGGCUACUAGCUGAAUAAUGUCCAUUAUGUGCCUUCCUUGAAAGUUUUCAAUUUUCAUUCAGUUUUUUUGUGGGGCUGAUUUUAAAAUGUUUGCUAUGGAGAACUAGAUGUGCCAUAGUAAAGAAAGCGGUUUAUCAGUUAAAAAAAAGAUUUUACUGAUCAAUAUGUUUCAACGAUCAAUUUUACUGCAAACAAAGAGUCCUGCCUGGGUGGUAGAGAGAAUAUGAAUAAAUGUAUUUGAGCAAUAAUUUUUGUUGUUGAAGAAUGUCUGUUUAUUUUCAUCAUUUGUCAUUUUAAAACUUAUUUAAAAUCAUGUAAAUCCCCUG